AUGAACCAGCCACCACAGUACGGCGGCCCUAGGCGCCCUAGCACCUACGGUUCUUCCCAUGACGAGCUUCACAUGUCCCCCACCAGCAGUAGCCAACAGCAGCAGGCGCAUAUGUCGCCCCGCGACUACACCAUCCCCGCGCCUCAGAUCAAGCUCGACCAGAGCGCAUCGCAACCCGUCACCCCCGGAUCACAAUAUCCCUCGGCCGGAAGCAGCAGCUCCGCAGUCCCCAACGUUCUACAACCCGCCGGCGGCUUGGGUGCUCCCAGGCCACACGUCAUGAGCGCCAAUACCGCGCCUGCCCUGCCAACUGUGGCCGGCGGCGGGCAACAACAACACCACCACUCCCAACCACAACAACAACCGUCUCCCGGCGACUACUCCUCUCCCUCGAAACCGCCUACGCUGAGCAUCUCGUCCUCCUCUCAUGGGUACUCGAGGGCGAGCCCUUCGGCUCCCUUUGAAUCCUCGUCUGGCUAUACUCCCUACACGCCCACCACGCCCGGAGGUUCCAUAGCUGCAUCCUCCCAGCUCAUGUCUAGUCCCAACCCCAAACUUGGGCCCCCAGGGUCUCAGCGCAAUGUCUCCAACACGCCUCUUGGCCUGGCAGAUAUUCGACCAAGAGCAGACUCGAGCCUGUCCGAUGGCGCGCCAGGCACACUCGGAUACGAGUUUGCCAACGCCCAACCUUCUCCCAGCAAUUAUCUAGCGCCCUGGGCUCUCUACGCUUUUGACUGGUGUAAAUGGGCACCCUCGGGCAAUGGAGCAGGCAAGGUAGCCAUUGGUAGCUAUCUGGAGGACGGCCACAACUAUAUUCAAAUCCUGGAUACCCAGGUGGUCAAUGGUCCCCCUGAUGACUAUGGACUGGGCGCAUCCAAGAAGUGCCUCGAGUUCACAAAGGUUGCCGAAGCUACACAUUCGUAUCCUGUCACGCGACUAUUGUGGGAGCCUCCCUCCUCAAACAAGCAAACUACUGAUCUGCUGGCAACAUCUGGGGACCAUCUCAGAUUAUGGUCCCUUCCCUCGGAACCCCAGAACUCGUAUGAGAACAACAUGAUUGGCCGCCAACAACGCCCUGCCACAAAGCUCACUCCGUUGGCCUUGCUUUCUAAUUCCAAAACACCCGAUCACACUGCGCCUCUGACGUCUCUAGACUGGAACACAGUGUCUCCGAGCCUCAUCAUCACCUCCAGCAUAGAUACGACAUGUACGAUUUGGGACAUCCCCUCCCUUACCGCCAAGACUCAACUCAUUGCCCACGACAAGGAAGUGUACGACGUACGGUUCUGCGCCAAUAGCGUAGAUGUGUUUGUGAGUUGUGGACAAGACGGGAGUGUUCGCAUGUUCGAUCUGCGAAGUCUAGAACACAGCACCAUCAUCUAUGAGCCCACUGCUAAGGAUGACCGAGAUGCCAAUGGUGGGCGGAUUAGCCCGACUCUGGCUCAGCAGACAAUGUCUAAUGCACCACCUCUGAUGAGAAUUGCAACUUCCCCGCAUGACACGCAUCUUCUGGCUACGUUUGCGCUGGACUCAAAUGUGAUUCGCAUUCUUGACGUGAGGCAGCCAGGCCAAGCUCUGCUGGAGCUGCGGGGCCACGGUGGCUCAGUCAACUGUAUGGAAUGGUCACCUCUGCGAAGGGGCGUGCUUGCGUCUGGGGGUGACGACUGCCAGGUUCUCUUGUGGGACCUGAUGAACACUGCGCCGAGCAACACGGGUACCGCUGACAAGCACUUGACACCGACCUCUGCAUGGCAAUGCGACUAUGAAGUUGGUAAUCUUGGGUGGACGCCGCAAAACAGCGAGGGCGAAUGGCUAGGCGUGUCUGGCGGAAGAGGUGUUUGGGGCCUCAAGCUAAAUCUAUAG